GUUGAGCCCCAGCCGAACUUCAUUCAAAAUUCCAGGCACAUAUUUCUUUUUCCAGCGACCACACAACUCCUUUUCCUAUGUCGCGAAUUUUCAACAGGGAUGAAGUCCCGCGGGACCGAAGUUUGGCCCAGGAGCUUCAUACAGAGAUUGCCCGCAGCUCGGCGGAGAUCAGCUUCAACUUCUGGCAGGAGUUCGAGCACAUCAGGUCCAUCCAGCAGAGUCGCAUGGUGCAGGAGCGUUUGCAGCGCGAGAGGAUCAGCACCCUGAUGCGGAAUGGUCAGCAGGAGGCCAAUCAGGAGGCGGAGGCCCUCAGUCGAUCGAUCAGUGCCCAUGGAAUGACUGUGAACUCGACCAAUUUGCCAUCGCCAUCGGCGGCGGUGCCCACUGCUUCCUUGCUGAAGAAUUCGUUGGCCCAGGGAGUGAAGAACAGGACUAAUCGCGCAACUAGCGGUGUCAAACGGAAGCCCCAAAGUCAGAGAUUCCAAGCCACCAGGACCAACAAGUCGAAACCAAGGCCCAAAACCGAUGAUGAACCCACCUUGCCAUCGCCAGCCCCCUCGAACAUUCCAAGGGCACCGCCCACCUCCAGGGCCACCAUGGUAACCCCCAAUAUCUCCCAUGGGGCCACUCCCAACAUAUCAAAGCUUCGGUUGGCCAAUAAGCCCAAGAAGUAAUCAUUUUAUUUAACUAACUUUGAUUUGCCAAUAAGCCCCAGAGGUAUUCGUUUUAUUGCCCUAACUAAAUUUUAUUUUAGACACCAUUAAA